AUGGCCCAUCGCCUGUCGCCCGCCGCCCGCCCGCCGCCCGCCGCCAUGAGGCGCGGGGGUCCCGCUGCCAUCGCCGCCUGCCUCGCCGGGGCUCUCGCUGUGCUGGCGGGACCGGGGCCGGGCAGUGCCACUGGGACCGGCCGGCGACCCCCCCGCAGCUACGGGCACCUGGAGGGCGACGUGCGCUGGCGGCGACUCUUCUCCGCCACCCGCUUCUUCCUGCGCAUCGACGGCGGCGGCGGCGUGGAGGGGACGCGCUGGAGGGAGCGGCCGGGCAGCAUCGUCGAGAUCCGGUCGGUGCGUGUUGGUGUCGUGGCCAUCCGGGCGGUGCACACCGGCUUCUACCUGGCCAUGAACAAGCGGGGGAGGCUCUACGGGUCGAAGGAGUUCAGCCCCAACUGCAAGUUCACAGAGCGCAUCGAGGAGAACGGCUACAACACCUACGCAUCGCUGCGCUGGCGGCACUGCGGCCGCCCCAUGUUCCUCUCCCUCAACAGCAAGGGCAGGCCACAGCGAGGGGGCAAGACACGCCGGCAGCACCUCUCCACACACUUCCUCCCCAUGCUUGUUGGCUGAGCGACACGAGCAGCUCCGGACAGUCCUGUAGGAAAAAAACCAAGAAAGGAUUCUUUUAUUUA